AUGGCUCGUAUUGCAACAAUUCGAAAUCAAAUAGGAGAAAUAAGCAGUGACGAAGCGUUGCAAAAUGAUUUAAAGAUUUUGCCGUCGAAUUAUAAUUUCGAGAUUCCAAAAACGAUUUGGAAAAUUCGAGCUACAAAGAGCAAAAAUGUGUGUCUGCAAUUCCCUGAAGGACUACUCCUAUAUUCAUGCGUCAUUGCGGAUAUUUUACGGAAAUACACAGAAUGUGAAAUUGUAAUUAUGGGGGACGUCACAUACGGGGCAUGUUGUGUCGGUGAUCAAGCAGCACGUGCAUUUGGAUGUGAUCUUAUGGUGCAUUAUGGGCACAGUUGUUUGAUACCAAUUCAAGAAACUCAAGGAAUUGAAAUGCUUUAUAUUUUUGUAAACAUCGAAAUGAAUGUUGGCCAUUUUAUUGAUGUAUUAGAAGCUAAUUUCGAAAAGCAUAAAAAGCUUGCAUUAGUUAGCACCAUCCAAUUUGUUCCGUGCUUGCAGAGUGUUAAAAAAGAAUUAAUUGGCAAAGGUUAUAAUAUUUUGAUACCACAAGUGAAACCUCUUAGUCCUGGUGAAAUCCUUGGUUGUACAUCUCCCAAAUUAGAGGAGGAUGUCGAUGCAGUUAUAUACUUGGGGGAUGGACGAUUUCACUUGGAGUCAGUAAUGAUUCAAAAUCCAUCUGUUGUUGCUUAUCAGUAUGAUCCAUAUUCGAAGAGGUUCACGCAUGAGGAAUAUGAUUUUGAUUUGAUGACGAAAAAACGGAAAGAAUCUGUAGAAAUAGCACAAAAAUGUCACAUGUUUGGUCUUAUACAAGGUUCAUUGGGUAGACAAGGAAAUCCAAGAAUUGUGGAGGAUUUGGAGAAGAAACUACAAGUAGCUGGCAAAAAAUUUGUGCGUGUCCUUCUUUCGGAAAUAACGCCCCAAAAGUUGUCAUCUUUCACUGAUAUUGAUUGCUGGGUUCAAGUAGCUUGUCCUCGCUUAUCAAUUGAUUGGGGUGCACAGUUCAAGAAACCACUUCUCACCCCUUAUGAAUUGGUGACUGUGUUACAAUAUGUUUCAUUUCGAACCGACUCAUAUCCAAUGGAUUAUUAUGCGAAUGAGAGUCUCGGACCAUGGACAAACAAUCACAAAACACAUCGAGAAUGUCGUCCCAAACGAAACCAUAUUACAAUUUCAUUGCAGUCUUAA